AUGAUAACAACAAAACUCCAUUCACAGACAACAAAGAAAGAUCUUAUACACAUAGCUAAAGAAGAGGAUCAGGACAGAGUUGGAAUCAAGACCUAUCCUGGAGGUAGUGCUGCGCAAUUCGCUGAACUAUUUCACGCGAGAACGCAAACAACUCACUUUGUUAAUGAUCUUAUCAAUGUGUGCUUCAAGGUAGUGACCGAGACAGUGACUGAUGCAGUUGAGCAGGAUAAUAUCCUUACCUCUACUUCAUUUGUAGAUCCCGGUAUCCUAACCUGA